GUUCCUCUUCUUUCCGAUGUGAGAGCAGGCUAGCUGCCUUUCGUGUGUGGCCACUGUGGGCCAUGGAUACAACCUUUAGCACUUACAAAAUCUGUUUAUUGACACCGAGUUAAUAAAGUCUAGAACUUCAUUAAAGAAACAGUGGUCAGAUUGAAUCAGAGUGAGGUGUGUUGACCAGUGAAUGCAUAGAGUCAAGAAGGUCAAACUUUGUGACAAAACAGAGGGCAUUUGGAAAAGCUGUGUAACAGUAAGCAUGACCACUGUUGAUGGCCUUUCGGAGAGCACAGAGGUGGUGGAAAUGGAAGAUGUCCCAUCUCAGUACUUUGUGGAGAAGCACUCAUGGGAGGGUCUUCGUGACAUUAUCCAUUGUAGCAGGAAAUACUCGGGCAUGAUCGCGAACAAGGCUCCCCAUGACUUCCAGUUUGUGCAGAAAAAGGAUGAGAAUGGACCCCAUUCUCACCGGUUGUACUACCUCGGAAUGCCUUAUGGAAGCAGAGAGAACUCAUUACUCUACUCAGAAAUUCCCAAGAAGAUCCGGAAAGAGGCCCUUUUAGUGUUGUCAUGGAAACAAAUGCUGGAUCACUUCCAGGCCACACCACACCAGGGGGCAUACUCACGGGAGGAAGAGCUGCUGAGAGAACGUAAACGUCUAGGGGCAUUUGGCAUCACAUCUUAUGAUUACCAUGCCCAGACAGGCCUGUUCCUCUUCCAGGCCAGUAAUAGCCUCUUCUACUGUCAGGACGGCGGUAACAAUGGUUUCAUCCAGUCUGCUCCUGUAAAGCCUGUGGAGAUCAAAACCCAGUGCUCUGGGACUCGUAUGGACCCCAAAAUCUGCCCUGGAAACCAUGACUUCAUAGCCUUCAUAAACAAUAAUGACCUGUGGAUAGCCAACAUCAAGACUGGCGAGGAAAGGAGACUAACAUAUUGCCACAAAGGUGUGGAUAAUGUUAAAGAGGACCCUAAGUCUGCAGGUGUAGCAACGUUUGUCAUCCAGGAGGAGUUUGACCGUUUCACUGGCUACUGGUGGAGUCCCUCAGCAGUCGAAGACCUUAAUGGAGGUAAAACAGUGUAUCUGCUGUAUGAAGAGGUGGAUGAGACCGAAGUAGAGAUUAUUCAUGUUCCAUCUCCAGCACUGGAGGAGCGGAAAGCAGAUGCAUACAGAUAUCCACGAACAGGAAGCAAAAAUCCACAGGCUACUCUUAAACUGGCUGAGAUUAAGACAGACCAUCAAGGAAGAAUUAUCAGCACGCAAGAUAAAGAACUGGUCAUCCCCUUCACAUCCCUGUUUCCAGGGACAGAAUACAUUGCCAGAGUAGGAUGGACAAGUGACGGCAAAUAUGGCUGGGCAGUGCUGCUGGACCGCAGUCAGAGGAAACUGCAGCUCGUCCUGCUGCCUCCAGCGCUCUUCAUCCCAGUCACAGAUGACCCAGCUCAGAGGCAGGAAAGUUUGGAAGCCCUGCCCAGAAACACACAGCCAUACAUAAUCUAUGAAGAGACAACGGAUGUCUGGAUUAAUGUUCAUGAUAUAUUUUAUCCUUUUAUUCAAACAACAGAAGAUGAAUUCACAUUCAUUUGGGUAAAUGAAUCUAAAACAGGCUUCAGCCAUCUGUAUAAAAUCACAUCCCAGUUGCAACCAGGCUGUUACCAUUGGACAGAGGACUAUCAACACAUGGAGGGAGACUUCAAAUGUGCAAUAAAGGAGGAGGUUACAUUGACCACUGGAGAAUGGGAAGUGCUGGCUAGACAUGGCUCCAAGAUCUGGGUGAACGAAUCGGCCAAGUUGGUGUAUUUCCAGGGGACCAGAGACACUCCUCUGGAACACCACCUCUAUGUGGUCAGCUAUGACUCACCUGGAGAUGUAGUCAGACUAACCAAGCCUGGCUUCUCUCAUAGCUGCUCUGUUAGUCAGAACUUUGACUUUUUUGUCAGUCACUACAGUAACGUGAGUACGCCUCCUUGUGUUCACGUCUACAAACUGACCAGCUCUGAAGGUGACCCACUACACAUAGUACCCGAGUUCUGGGCAAGCAUGAUGGAGUCACCAGGAUGCCCAGGAGAUUACAAUCCACCUGAGAUUUUUGACUUUCCUGGAAAGUCCGGCUUCCAGCUUUAUGGCAUGGUAUACAAGCCUCAUAAUCUGCAUCCUGGCAGGAAGCAUCCAACUGUUCUCUUUGUGUACGGGGGUCCACAGGUGCAGCUGGUGAACAAUUCCUUCAAGGGGAUGAAGUACCUUCGCCUGAACACGUUGGCGUCUCUGGGCUACGCUGUAGUUGUUAUUGAUGGGAGGGGCUCCUGCCAGAGGGGCCUUGAAUUUGAAGGAGCACUGAAAAACAAAAUGGGUCAGGUGGAGAUUGAAGACCAGGUGGAGGGGCUGCAGUACGUGGCCGAGAAAUUUAACUUUGUGGACCUCAGUCGUGUUGCGAUCCACGGCUGGUCCUACGGCGGGUUCCUCUCUCUCAUGGGCCUCAUCCAGCGACCCAACGUCUUCAAGUUGGCCAUUGCAGGUGCUCCGGUGACCGUGUGGAUGGCCUACGACACAGGCUACACUGAGCGAUACAUGGACGUGCCUGAGAACAAUCAGCAGGGCUACGAGGAGGGCUCUGUGGCGCUGCAUGUGGACAAGCUGCCCAGCGAGCCCAACCGUUUGCUGAUUCUCCAUGGAUUUUUAGAUGAGAACGUGCACUUUUUCCACACCAAUUUCCUGGUGUCACAGAUAAUCCGUGCUGGGAAGCCCUACCAGCUUCAGGUCUACCCUAAUGAGCGCCACAGUAUUCGCUGCCCUGAGUCUGGAGAGCACUACGAGAUAAUGCUGCUGCACUUUCUACAACAAUACCUCUGAAGUGAGACAAAAGGGGGAAAAGUGAAGUCUAGUUUCCCCUCUGUCCUCCUUUUUCCUCUCCAGCUCACCGCCCAUCUUUUACUCUCCUCAACCUUCCCACCCAAACCCCCCCGCCCCUCCCCUCCGCUCCCACCUCAACCUUCGCUACCCCCGAGAGACUAUCAGACGUUCUGCAGCCACAAGUCACUCUCUGCUACAAACUAGUCAUCUCACCUCUUCUCCACUGUACUUCCUCUCUUGCUCUCUCCGUCUUUAGUUCUGUUAUUCGCUGUGUCUCCUCCGUGCCCCCUCCCCACCGGUGUACAGUCUGGGGUAUGGUUUCCGAGCACAGAUAUUUGGUGUCUCACCCUGAAAGCCGAACGAGGAAACGAGGACAUAUGGAGAAACAUUUGCAGGCUGUGUCACAUUGACUCAUCGCUCACCCACGUUCUCAUCUCUGCAGCCAUGACGGAUUUUGCCAAACGUUACUGUGUUGUGUCCCCCCUUUCCCCCACCCCCAGCCCCACCUGUUUUAUCCUCCCAGUCAGUGGUAGGCAUGGGGUCACAGUUCACAGAUAUGAAAUGGAAUCUAUACACAUAUUUGCAGACAUGAGCUCACACACUACACGUACAUAUGCAGUUUAUUUCCUACAUAAUCACUGACACAAGCACACAGUUGCGAUAUGCAUACAUGCUGUGAGUCUGUACCCUGUGGUAUGUGUAAAACAUGAAGAAGGCUCUUUCUCUGUCCACUUGUUUUAAGUGUGUUUGAAAUAAAAUAUUUUUAUGGAUUUUUAUUAUUUUUUUAAUGAGUGCUGUCAGAAGCCGCUCAUUGAGGUUUUCUCCCCUCACAUUACAUUACGCAAGAUGUCCGCUUGCCUUCUUAACACAUAAUUUAUAUUUGCCAAAGUACCUCUUGACUCUAGUUCAUGCUGGUAUUUCCUUUUUUUACUGCAAUAAAGACAACAGGAGGGUGAGCGCUGGAGUCUUACAACAGCUUUGUACCACCGGAAUACAAUUUGUACAUGAUAAUGAAUAAAUGUAUGAAUCAAUCACA